AUGCCUAGUAUAGUUUUUCGUCAAACCUGUCGUCAAAACCAACCUGCUAACUGUUGCGAAGAAUAUUUCCGAAAAUCUAUUUACUUAUCCCUUUUCGACAAUAUCUUAACUGAUUUAGAAGACCUACUUUCACUGAUAUUUAAAAAUAUAUUUAAUCUUCGAGUUAUUUUACCUAAAACUGAUAACACACCAGAAGAUAAAGUUGCAUUAAAAAAAAUUGUUGACACUUUUCAGUAUAUUAUUGGACCAUCUACUGCAGAUUCCACAGUAGAAUAA